AUGGAGGGUAUCGAGCGUGUUUCUGAGAAAUCAUCAUCAAGGGCAUCUGGCAGCAAGCGGGGUACACCUAAUAAGAGAUGGAAGGGCGAAUACGAUAGUUUUCUCAUUCCACUUCUUGUUGAACAAGUCAAAAAAGGGAUGAAAUGCGACAAAUCAUUUAAACGAGCUGCAUUUGUUUUUGCUGCCGUCGCCGUCAAUUCUAGGUUCAAUACUGACUUCAGUGCUGAGAACGUUGAAAAUCAUUAUCGAACAUUGAAAUCGCGAUAUGUUGAGAUAAAAAAGGUGAGAGAUCUUAGUGGGGCAGGUUGGGAUGACGCCACGAAGACCAUCACACUUGAUCCUAUGGUUGCCCUGACCUACAUCGAGGUUAUGGUAUAAUGGCAAUGAUGAAAGG